UAAACAACGGUAACGCCUUCUGUUUUCUUCCGAGGCGCAUGCGCAGAACAGAAACAGGAGCGUUUGCUUGCGAACAUUUUACUUUCGUUCCUCAGUUGAGAUUUCGGACAGAAUGCAGGCUUCCGGUUUUCAGCAGAAGAAAAAGACCGCGGGAAAGAAAAAGCAGCAGGUCUACGGUGAUAUAGUGUACAAUAAGCAAGGAACCUUUCAGACCAUUCCUUCUCUCACCAAACGGCUGAAAGCUGUCACAGAUCCUGUUAUAGGCCUACAAUAUAUAUGGGAGUAUCGCAGCCCUAGCAAGUCCGUACCCCCGCAUUACCAGUGUCGACUAUGUAAGGUACAGUGGCUGCAGAACGAGAUGGCUGCUCAUAUUACUGGAUGGAGGCAUUGUUUCAAAUAUUUGAAACAUGCUCAUGCUGAAAAAAUUCCUCAUGAAGAAGAGCAAGUAGGAAAGAACCCAGCAAUCAAAAAGGAAAUGAGAGCGGCUGCUGCUGAAGUGGAGCAGACCGAGGGCAGAGGUCAAAUUAAGGUCGUCAAUAGGGAACCUGCUGAUAUGCCAGUCUUUCAGAACAUGAAGUCUGCGUUUCCCACUGGACCGGGUCCUACAAGUCUGCUUGGACCAAUUCCUGGAGGAUUUCACCCAGGUAGACCUUUGAGUGGUGGGUUUUUGGACCAACCAUUUGAGGAGGAGUUCCCACCACGGGGUGGCAUGAUGUCUGAUUUUCAUGGUGGCCUAGGUGAUGCAAAUAUAAGGAGCCCUGACCGCUACGGACCAGACAGAAUGAUGGGAAAUCCAGAGAGCAUGCAGCUUUUAUCCAACAAUAGGUCCAUGCACAUGGGCUCAGACGGUUUUGGAGUGGGUCUACAAAACGAGGACAUAGACGGACCUUACUCUGAUGAUCUGCCAGUGAACACAAACCGAAUGAGAAGUUCUCAAGGCCCAGACUCCAACAGCACCCUCUCAACACUUCUCAGAUGCCUGGACACAUUCCGCAUUGAGUGUGAAGACGAUGCUCAGAUUGUGCUGAAGAUCACGCAGAAGCUCACGGACGUCUUGAUGGAAUACCGCCUUAGGACUAUCUCCUCGGGACCUAGUAUGAGUUCUUCCCGCUUGCCACUCAACUCUGACAGAUUCACCGGCAGUAUGUCAGGUCCUUCGAGAUUCUAUAACUGAGCCGCCUGUAACAUCAUACUGUUCAUGAUUAUUCGACAACUGUUUUAACGUACUUCUCAGUAUGAUUUAUCUUUUAAGUUGUAGAUUAAAUAACAUGUUCUUUGUAUGGCAUGUUUAAACUACA